GGAAAGACAGCAAGAGUUUAGGAUGGAAAGAGGGAAGAAUUAAGAGUGACAUGGACUGAGGCGUGGGGAGGAAGACGUAUGAGUCAACGAGCUCUGUGUGUACUGCUGUCGUUUAGAUGUGUUAAAGAUUUGACAUCAGUGCUCGGACUGCAGUGUUGUCGCACUGAAACUUGGGAAAGACCAGGAGGUAGUCACACACACACACACACACACACACACACACACACACGCACACACACACUGUUCUUUUAUUCUAUUUUCCCCUCCAUCCAGAUGUCCACUCAGCAAGGAUCCAGAUGGCCUGGUUACCCUCUCUAUAGUGGAGAGGUGCUUUUUGACGCACACACACAGACACACACACACACACACAAAGCAGCAUGGCUGUGUUUUUCUCCCUCUCAGAGGGAGGAUUAACUCUCCUCAUUAGGGCUCCCCCGCCUCUCGCCAUCAUCUCUCCUCCCCCUCCCUCCCCUGUCGGCCUGCCUCGCCGUCAUUGGCUGCUUCUAUCAGGACCACCGCUGACUGGAUCGCUGUGACUACAGGACACAGGAGAGCAGGGAGGAGGUGGGAUGGGUUGAUGUUGCCACGGUAAUAGAGGAGGCGACCACUCACCAAAUCAUCGAGCCGGGGCUGAAAUGCAAAAAAAAAAAAAAAAAUCAAGUGGAGGGGUGUUAGAAGGUGAGGGGAGGAGAGGAGAGGGAAAAACAAUAACAACAACAGCGAGGGAUUAGGCAUCGGCCGAGCAAUCAGGAAGUCCAUUUAGGACAAAGCAGCGUUAAAAAUCCUCCCAGACUUUAGCCGUGAUCAUCAGAGCUGAGCUGCCAGUCCGAUUGGACAGCUGCAGGAGAUCUGUGGGGAGGAAAAAAAUAGAAGCACACAAAGGAGGGAUGAUAUAAAUAAGACAGGUGAAAAAUGAAAAACAGCUCCUGCACGAUCUCUGCCCUUCGCUGCCGUGAUAUUUCACUGCUGUCGGUGAGUGAGAGGAGGUGAGCUGGCCGCUGUGAUGCCUGGGGCACAGGAAUAGAAACACAGAGAGGGAGCAGGGACACUGCUGGAUAUGAAGAGCAUGCGUCAGCACUAAGGCAGGGCGACCCAGAGAGACAGCAGAGAUGAGCGAGGUGGAGAGCGAGGUAGAGCGACAGACAGAUUGAGGGUAGGGGUUAUUAUCAUGGCGUGAGAAGGGACGACGGAAAUAGACCCUGCUGGAUUUGUCACCUCCAGUGCCACACCUUGGCUGCAUCAUCCCCAGUGCUCUAUCCCGGCUGCAGCAGCUUCUACACGUGGGAUUUCCUUGUUUGGGAGGACAAUUACAACUAGUAGAUUCAUUUGGAACGAUCAGUUUGACACCUCUGAACAUUCACGCCACUGGCCUGCGAAGAGGACAAACUGUACUGUCUUUUAAAGAAGGCUGUCUUCUGUUUUUCUUCAGGAGAGGAAGCCCGCCCACAACAAUGCAAAAAUAGGGAUUAUGUUCAUUCUGCAUCAAGAAUUACUGUCCGCAGCGUGCCAGAGGAAUGCGUUACUAAAAGCUGUUUCCAUAAAGAUAAGCACCUGUGUUUUUACAGACUGCUCAGUCAGUGCACACGGCCCGGCCAUCACUGUGUGAACAUGACAAACUCAUUGUCCGGCCAUUUUCAAGGAAAGCUGACUCAAUCUAACUGAGGAAGACAAUGAAGGUGGGAGUACUGGAGGUAUACAGUGGCAGUAUAGUUAGUGGAAUAUAAUGCCGUGCUGUACUGUGAAUGACAUGCAGAAUACUGUACUUGUCUUCCUAAUGACAGCACAGACCUCGAAGCGAGCUGACUGACCGACUGACUGACUAAGCGCGUGGGUUGCUCACUGACUGGAGCAGUGGCUAUUUGAGGACUUUGAGGACACGUAGCCCCGGGCAGGUAACGGCCGGGUGUUGGAGUCCCAUCAUGGGGGAGACGGCAGAAUACCAGAGGCUGCAGGAGACGUCAGAGUCUGACUACCAACGCCUGCCCAGCGACGAUGAAGAGAAACUGGGCAGUAGCAUGCAGUGUGAGGAAGGCACAGAAUGGCUGCUAGAGCUGCUGAUGGAGGUGCAGUUGCAGCAGUACUUCCUGCGGAUACGAGAUGACCUUAACGUCACCCGGCUGUCGCACUUUGACUACGUCAAGAAUGAAGACCUGGAGAAGAUUGGCAUGGGUCGACCUGGACAGAGACGACUGUGGGAGGCCGUGAAAAGGAGGAAAGCCAUGUGCAAGCGCAAGUCCUGGAUGAGCAAGGCACCAAAAAAUGGGAACACAGAGUCCAGGAACAUCUUGCUGGCGUCGGCUCACAGAGUAAAGAUUGGGGACUUUGGCCUGAUGAGGGCGCUGCCCAACAACCAUGAGCACUACGUCAUGCAGGAGCAUCGAAAGGUCCCCUUUGCAUGGUGCGCCCCGGAGAGCCUGAAGACCAGAACGUUCUCCCAUGCUACAGACACGUGGAUGUUUGGAGUCACUCUCUGGGAGAUGUUCACACAUGGCCAGGAGCCUUGGCUGGGCCUCAAUGGGAGCCAGAUCCUGCACAAGAUCGAUAAAGAAGGUGAACGCCUCCCAAAGCCUGAGGACUGUCCGCAGGAUAUCUAUAAUGUGGUGCUGCAGUGUUGGGCUCAGAAACCAGACGACAGACCCACCUUUGUCGCCCUGCGAGAGUUCCUGCUUGAGACCAUGCCCACAGACAUGUGUGCUCUGCAGGACUUUGACGAACCCGACAAACUCCUGAUCCAGGUCAAUGAUGUCAUCACCAUCAUAGAGGGGAGGGCAGAGAACUACUGGUGGCGAGGUCAAAACAAGCGGACCCUUAAGGUCGGACCUUUCCCCAGAAACGUGGUGACAUCAGUAGCGGGUUUAUCAGCUCAUGACAUCAGCCGGCCGCUGAAGAACAGCUUCAUCCAUACAGGACACGGAGACAGCAACCCUCAUCGCUGCUGGGGCUUCCCUGACAGGAUCGACGAUUUGUACCUCGGUAAUCCCAUGGAUCCUCCUGAUGUCCUGAGUGUGGACCUCAGUAAUGCUCAGCCCACGCAGCUACCAGGACGAGCUAGAAAGGAGCCUCCGCCCCGCCCUCCUCAGCCAUCAUUGUUAAUCAAGAAGCCUUGCUACGAUCCAGUAAACGACGACGAGGAUCUGACUUCGGCAGGACUAAAGAGAUUAUCGCUUCGUAAAACGGGUUCUGUGAAAGGCUUAAAACUGAAACCUGCUGCCUGGGUCUCUGCCUCCAAACAGAGUGGCGGCCGGAUUUCAGGCUCAGGCCGCAACCCCAACAGUGAAGUGUCCCUCAUUGACUUUGGGGAGGAGUUCCCCUCGCCCACACCGUCCCCCUCCCCUGUGAUUGAAAUUCAGAUUCCCUCACUGGCAAAGCUCACGUUGGAAGCAGAGAACAUCCUGGACCGGACUCCACCUCAGAGUCCAUCUAAAUCAUUGCCCCGCCCCCUUCACCCAACACCUGUAGUGGACUGGGACGCUCGGCCUUUACCUCCACCCCCAGCCUAUGAUGAUGUAGCCCAAGACGAAGAUGAUAUGGAGGUGAGCUCCAUCAACAGCUCGGAGCAGCAGCAUGAAGAGGAGCAGAGUGAAGUCCAUAACCCAGAUGAGACUCUCUACUCUGGACAGAAGGUGGAGUGUAACGCUCUUGUCUCCAGGGGUCCAGACAGAUCAGGCCUGGAGGACAACCUGUUUCUCCCCAGCAAGCAGAGCCAAGGUCUGUCCACCUCCUUCUCCCAGUCAGCAGAGAUCUUCCAGGAACUCCAGCAGGAGUGCAUGAGAAGGCUCAAUGUACCGAGUGGAAGUGCUGCACGGUCGAGCUCGCCAUCCCAGAGCUCAGUCUCAUGUCCUCAGACUCCACAGACACAGGAGGGACACCAGAGUGUCUUCUCCUCCAAUGAGGUCAGACCCCAGAUCCCCCCACGUGUCCCCAUCCCCCCUCGCCCCAUAAAGAGGGGUGACUACACAUCUGCUCGUUGGUCAAAGGAUCUCUCCCUGUCACCGACGCCAGCUGACACCACAGAGGAGGUUUCAGGCUCAAACCAGGAACGACCACCUAUGAUCCCUCCCAGGGACCCUUUGUCCCAGCCGGGCUCCAGGACUCCCAGCCCCAUGGGCCUGGUAGUGGGCUCCCCCCAGCAGAGAGUGUACUCUGUCAGCCCCACCACCAUGCAGGCUCCUCUUACCUCCUGCCCCCCCACACACACCUACGGCUCCUACCUCUCCACAUCUCCGGGUAAACUCAUGCCUACCACACACAGCUUUGCCUCAGAUCCUAAAUAUGCUGCACCCAAAGUGAUCCAGGCGCAGGCGCAGGGGAAGGACGCCACCAGCAAGGGCCCCUGUAUCCUCCCCAUCGUCCGUGAUGGACGUAAAGUCAGUAACACUCACUAUUACCUUCUACCAGAGCGGCCCCCGUACCUCGACCGCUACGACCGCUUCUUCAGGGAGGCAGAGAGCCUGCCUGCCAGCGGUGUGGAGGAGAGGCCUUUACGGCAAGCUAACACCGCCACCGUCAGACCCAUGGUGGUCAGCAGCCAGACUCUCCAAGGACACACCCAGGGACAGGGGCUCGUCCAGCCAGGCGAGCUGAAGGCUAAUUUCUCCUCCAACAAUAACAGCAGUCUGGGUGGGCUUCGGUCAGGGAUGAAGACAUCAGUUAGUCUCCCUCGCGUCUGCUCAGACGGGCUGACAGCGGCGGCAGUCACUGCUUCCUGCAUCAGGACAGACGGAGGAUGGAACUCAGCUGACAGGGUCAAAAUGGUGCAGGAGGCAGUUCACGGUGUGACAAUAGAGGAGUGCCAAGCCGCCCUCCAGAACCACAACUGGAAUGUCCAGAAAGCUAUUUAUUAUCUAAAGGUGGAGCAGUUGUUCUGUUUGGGUCUGAGGAGCAGGUCAGAGUGUCUAAAGCUGCUGGAGAUGUGUGACUGGAACCUGGAGGUGGCCAGCACUCAGAUGUUAGAUAACUAUGGAUCCACAACAAGACAGAGACGGUGACAGAGAUCAGAAGCCUCCGAGCUCUGAUUGGAACUUCAUCCUCAGUCAAACAUCAUCAGAGGAGGUGAAUCUGCUCCUGACCGUUCCCAUACACGCUUCAGACACGCCUCCAAUCAGAAGACUAUUAUCUGACCACAGAAGAAUCAAGCACACUUUCACUGAACUAGCACAAAAUACCAAACUUUACGAUGGCUCCAUUCAUACUAAACACGGACAAAAGACAAAAAAUAUUUGGUCUGAAAGAUAUGUGAUUGUUGCACUUCUUAAGAAAUUUAUAGACUGCCAUGUACGCCCUUUUUUUAAGUCAUUCAGAGACAAAAAUGACACUUCAAUUUCAUUUAGUCAGCCUAACAGGUUCCCAACAGAGUCAGAGAUCCUGGGUGCUACCAUACUGUGUCAGAGCCACUUACUGGUAUCCUCACUGCCGCUAUUACACUGUUGACCAACUGCAGAGAGACACUCUAACCUUUCUUUUGUUAAUGUUAGAGAGCUGGUUUGAACAUGAAUGUGAAGAGGCCACAAUGAGUUUAAUAGCACAAUCUACACAGUAGGUCCACACUUUCCCACCAGGUCACUGUAUUUAGUCAGAAUAUGCCAAGAACUGGUUCAGUGUGACUGAACAGUGUUAGGAUUUAACCGAGAUACUGUAGUGUUAACAGAUUUUACCUCUGCCACAGAAAAGCACAACAAAAUACAAAACUAGAGGCGCACCAAUAUUUUAGAUAAGAAUUUAGCUGACAGCCGAUACCGAUGUUUAUUUUGUUUUGUUAUUUAUUCGCCCCUCUGUACCAGAGAAACAAAGAAAUCUUUACAUAAAAAAGUCAUUCAGCCCUUCAUUACACUAUCAUUAAAUGAGCCCAAAUCUAAUCAUACAAAUUUAUGAAACAACCUUUGAAACAAACACAUUCUUAACAUAAAAAACAUAUUUUAAAAAACAAGUGCUUCAAAAGCCAUUUCACUAUAGUUCCCUCUCUAAUAUCUAUCUUAUGUUGCUGUAAAAACAUUAACAAACAAUAGUUUCUCACCAAAAGCUAAAUUUUACAAGCUAACAUUGAAUGCAUCAUGAGAACAUUAUUAUUCCCUUCACCCGACACAUAGAGCUGGAACGCAUCACAAUGUAACUCAGUGCAACCUCCGUUAGCUGUUAGCGCCGGCUACCAGCUGCUACCAGCUAACGUUAACUUGCUAUCCUCCUGCUGAUGUCAAAACGCAUUUGAUGUUCACAGUGUAGCAUUAUUAGGGGAACGAUAGAGUGUGUCCCCAGAUAGUGAGUUUACAGGGGGGCUGUGGGUCAGGAGCCAGAAGAAUGGCGGUUCAAUCCCCGGCUCCUCCAGUUCGCAUGUCGAAGUAUUACUGGGCAAGAUACUCAACCUCAAAUGCUCCUGAUGUCUUUGUGAGCAUGUGUGAAUGGUAACUGAGUAGCAGGUGGCACCUUGUACUAUAGCCUCGGGCACCAGUGUGUGAACGUGUGAAUGUGACUCGUAGUGUAAAAGCACUCAGAGUGGUUGGAAGACUUUAAAAGCACUAUAGAAGUGCAGGUCCAUUUGUCCUUUGUUCCAAAGGUGUCCUGUGGAAGAUCUCUGUUUGUCUUAAACGUGUUUGCUAUUGUCCUUGAGACAACGGGACGCUGUUAGUCUGGAGCUUUGAUUUGUAGCCUGCUCAAAAUUGAUGGAAAUGGUAAAUGGACUGCACUUGUAUAGCGCCUUCCUAGUCUUCCAAUCACUGAAUAACUAUUAUACAGUGACACUGACACCAAUAACUACUAAGUGCUUUGUUGUGGGGGGACACACCAAUUUGCUUUCAGAGCUAAUAGACCCACAGAGGACGCCAUUGCUACAGCUCCCCACACCACCCUGACCCACCUAGAGCAGCAGGGCAGCUAUGUGAGGCUGCUCUUUAUCAAAGUGCUGUAACACUACAUGUCAAAUUCAUCCAUUCACACACACAUUCAUACUCUGGUGCCACCUGCUACUCAGUUUUUAAGACACUCACAGCCAUCAGUGGCAAUUUGGGGUUCAGUAUCUUGCUCAAGGAUACUUUGACAUGUCGACUGGAGCUGACAAUGUGUGCCCCAGUGUGACAUGACACAACGGAGAACAUCGGCCACUGCCACCUGCAUGUCAUCUUAUUUGCCGAUAGCGGUCAACAGGGUGAAUAUCGGCUGAUAAAUCGGUGCAUCCCUUUACAGAACUAACACAUCAUUUGCUCUUUAACAGUUAUAAAGAGGGGUGUGGAUGAGAUGAAGAAAACUGUUUGCUGCUGAAAGACUGUGGAGUCCAAAAAAACAUGGAACAGAAAAAUUUCUCUACAAUUAGGUAAAGCUCAUAUUCUCCCCCAGAAGUGUUGACCUGAAUCUAAAGAUUUAAUGGAAACAGAUGAUCAGGGAAGCAGUUAGUCCAAGUUCUACUUCUUCUGCAGACCCACAAAACUGUCAAAUAUAUAAUCAAAGAGUAUAAACAAUAUCCCCUUUAUAAAAAUUUAUGUUAAGAAAAUACUGAUAAAUUUUAAUAUAUUUUGAACACAGUGCUCAGAGACAAAAGAAGACUGUUAUGUUCAUUACAAGCCACUGUAUAAAUUAUUCAGAUGUGUCUCUCCUCACUAAUCCAUGACUGCCGCCACAUGUGGCUCGAGAACAAAAAGGCCACGCAGUCAGUGGAAACUUCCUGCGCCAAGAUACAGUCUCUCCUUAUUCCUUCCCUCUAAGCACUUUGCCCAAACAGAACUCCUGCACAUCAGCUGAAACUCCUGCCAGCUGGGGGUUUUCUGCAGACUCCGUUGGCAGCUAAUAACAGCAACGUAGUGAAAUUCACCCCAAGGCACAGAUCCUGUCCCAUAAUCAUCAGUUAAAACCACAACUGUGAUAUUUUGGUCAGCAGCUUUGGGGGCAAUAAUUUAACACUGGGAGGACGUGUCAGCUCUGUGCAAACUCACUGCUGGAUGUGACAGUACACUUUGUGACUAGGUAUUGUUGCAGCGGAGCCCCUCAGCUGUGAACGCAGGAAGCUUUCAGGCCUUUUGUUCUCUGGUUUUAUUCCUGGGGCCAGAUGCGUAAAACUCUGCAUAGAUUCAUGACUGUGUAUGCACAGACAGAAAUGUGCAUGUGCAUUCUUUUGGUCAAAUUUAUAAAGCCGUGCGUACGCAUGCGUCUGCUUUAUCUAUCUCCAUCAUUGUGAAACUAAGCACAACCUGCACAAGCCCAACAUGGUGUGUCCCCCCCUCUAAAAUUCACUUUCCUUUAGUCAACCACGUCAAAAAACAAUACUUGACAAGUAACUAUGGUCGACUCAACACACAUGAUCUUCAGGUGCUAUUGAAAGAAGAACUGUUUGCCAACUGGUACCAAACUAUUUAAAUGACAAUAUAAAUGAUUAUCCUUGUGAACUCACUGGCUCUGCGCCCACCAGCCCCUCAUGUCCACGAAAACCCCAGUAUGUGACAGGUCUGAGCUCAGUUUGCUCGUGCACAAACUUCAAAUGGCCGCUGAAAAGCAAAUAUGGAUCCACAACCAGCCGGCUAUCUGCCUGGGAACAUUAAGAGUCUUUGAAGAAAAAUAAAAAGUGUGUUUGGAAUUUAUUUCUAAAGGAUGUACAGGACUGACUUUGGAUGACAACCUCCAGUAAAAGCUUUCCUCCCGUGUGCAAUAAGGCUGCUGUGAAACCUGUAACCUCCCAGUCUGUCCAUCCAUCAGUGCCAUGCAACUUUCAUCUCUGUCAUCGUGUGUCCCAGUAAGUGAAACACAGGAAACACUGUUCUCAGUAUAAAGUGUUUGGUGACUCUGAUUUCCUCCCCACAGUAGGAUCAAGUUGUCCUUAAACACUGAUCCAGUUUUGCCAGUUUUCCCCUCUGAUGUGUGUUUGGGUAAAGCUGACUGUUAACCGGUGCGAGAGGACGACUGGAUGUGAGUGCGGCCCCCACAGUCUGUUCAUGUGUUGUUUGUCUUUAUACCAAGCUGCUGUAGUUGUAUUGAAGGACUGAAGUGAACCUUGUGGUGUUAUGAUCAACCUGAAGCAACAUUCUCCUGUUGUGGUGUUGACACUCUGUUAGAAAUCUCUGUUCAGUUCUCUUUAGUCUUUGUUACUUCAGAUACCGUCUGCUAUGUUCAGUCAUUCAUAUCGUUUUUGCUGUUUUUCUUUUCUCCUUCAAUCCAACUUGCCAUUUCUUCCUCAUUUGUAAGUAUUUGCUUCCCAGAAUGUGUUUUAUGUUUAAUGCCUACUGUACAGUUGGUUCUCAUUGUUUCUCCUCUCCUGGGUUGAUGGAAAUGUUCAAGAAAAGUUCAUGCUGCCGAAUUUAUAAAUGUAUUUUUUAUUAAAGAAUUAAUUAUUUUUUA